AAAUAAAAAUCAAAGCAGACCUCUGUUACAUAUAAUUGAGGAGACUGAAUUUGAGAGAGAGCUAUAUGAACUCCACUCGAAUAUCAUAGGUGGACAUUUCGGGCAAGGAGCCCCACAAUGGUAUAAAGAGUUAUAUUCUAUUAAAGUAGAAGCUCUAUUCAGCAGAGUAGGUAUUGAUAUAGUAGGCCUUUUAAAGAUAUUACAAAAGAAGGAAACUGUUAUAUUGUUGUAG